AUGGCACCGUCCGACACAACCAUCAUCUUCGUCCCGGGAGCCUGGCACACCCCAGAUUGUUUCUCCCCAACCACCACUCUCCUCGAAGAGGCCGGCUACACCAUCGAUCUGGUCUACCUCAAAUCUGUUGGCCCAGCUGAACAUGUCAAGGACUCGCAACCGGACAUUGACACCACCGCCGCCGCCAUCAGGCGCGCUGUCGACCGGGGUCACAAAGUAGUCCUCGUGUGCCAUUCGUACGGCGGCAUCCCCGGCGCCCAAGCCAUCAAAGGUUACGAGUCUCACAUCAUCAAUUUCUUCCUGUGCUGUUCGUUCAUCAUCCCGCAAGGCAAAACCCUGAUCGGCGCCUUUGGCAGUGACUUACCCUGGUUCAACAUAUCCGAGGACAGAACGGAAGUCAACCCAGCCACUCCCGCCGAAACCUUCUACAACGACAUGUCUGAGGAGCAAGUCAAGGAAGCGGUGUCGAAGUUGAAACCGCACUCGUAUCAGACUUUCCAUUCCGUGGUCACGUACGAAGGGUGGCGGUUUGUGCCGACGACCUACUUAUACUGUCUGCAGGAUCAGGCGAUUCCAAUGUUUGUGCAGAAGUUGAUGGUCGAGGAGUUUGCAAAGGGGGUCGAUGUCAAGACGCCCACAGUGGAUGCCAGUCACACCCCGUUUGUGAGCAAGCCAUUGGAGACGGCGAAUGCGAUCAGGAGGGCGGCCGGCGAGAACAUUUGA